GAAACAUGAAGGAACUACUUGCGAUUUUCCUAUUUGUGUCUCUUCAUCAACUAGUGCCUGCUGCAGCUUUACGACAAUGGAAUAAUCAUAUUCGGGUUAAAAGGCAAUCAUCUGGUUAUAUAGCAAAUACUGGUGGAACUUACUCCAGUGGUAAUAGUAACGGUUAUACUGGUGGUAACACAGCUGGAUAUGGUGGGUAUGGCUCUGGAUACGGUAGCAGUGGUGGAUCAACAAGUAAUGCUUAUGGCAAUGGAUAUGGAAAUAGUGGUUACAGUGGUACUUACGGUCAAUCGCCAGGAAACUCGGGGUAUCAGGGAAGCUAUCCUUCAGGGUACAAUAGUGGGUAUAAUGGUGCAAACGGUAAUUAUGGACAAAACGGGGCGAGUGGAAGUGCUCCACAAAAUGGGAAUUAUGUAGAUAACAGUUAUGGACAAAACGGGGCGAGUGGAAGUGCUCCACAAAAUGGGAAUUAUGUUGAUAACAGUUAUGGCCAAAACGGGGCGAGUGAUAGUGCUUCACAAAAUGAAAAUUAUGUAGAUAACAAUAAUGUACAAUCAGAUGCAAAUGUUGUUACCGAUCCUGUGAACAAUAUAGAUGCUGAAACAUAUCAAUCAGCAUUUGGAACUGGAUUUGGUGCUGGGUACAGUGCUGGUAUAGAAUACAUUUCUGGUGAUAAUGAUCUUGACAUUCCAAUUGAUAUUGAUCUGGAAAAACUUGCAGAAGAGGCACAAAAGAACUACGAAGAGGCUCAGAAAGAAGCAGAAAAGGCUGCCCAUGAGGCUGAAAAGUUAGAAAAGGAAAUCGAGGAAGCCGCUGAACAAGCCGCCGAAGAAGCUGCGAAGUCGGCCGCAGCUCAGGCAGCUGCUGAUGUUUAUGCAGACGUUUAUGAAGGUUUCUCCCAAAACGAGGCAAAUUAAAAUUUUAUGUUUUGUUAUAAUAUGACAGUUGAAAAUAAUAUCUCUACCGAAUAAUGGCAAAAUAAUGUGCAUCAUAGUGUCGUCUAUCCUAUUAUUCUAAAGUAAUUGACUUGUAUUUGCUUGAUGACUUUAAAUGUUUAAUAGAACUGUUGGUUCUCAGUUUAGAUUAAGGAAAUAAGUUGAAGAAAUUGUAUUACGUAAUAAAUGAAUAAAACUG